AUGCAGUUCUACGCAGUUCUUUUGGAAGUCGCGACCCUCUUGGCUACUACCGCCAACGCUGCUGACUGCUUUUCGGACUCCGGAUCCCAAAUCUGUCUCAAUUCUACUGAUCUUCUAAAAUACCGCGAGUGGUUGUGUACUUACAAGACUUGGGCGAAUAAUAUGCCUUUUGAUUGGCUUGGUGCUAACGGUCAUAUCGCAACUUUUACCCCAUCCAAUGUCCCUAAUGAACAGUCGUGCUGGGAUAGCACCCUUGACAUUAUCGACCAGUGCCUUGGAUAUCGGAAUGGUGGCGCGUACUCCCUGGACGGCUGGAGUAUGACGAUCGACUUCUGUGUUGAUACCAGUAAAUGGGGGCAUUAA